AUGGAUCCACAAAGCCAGGCCAGACGCCGUAAGGCUGUCAAGCACCUCUAUCGAAAAUUCGGGUUAUCUCAGCCCUGGUAUUACUCCUCUGGUGACCUCCAAAGCCUCGGAAUUCAAGCCCUCCAAAUUGACGUCACGGGUGAUGGUACUCUGAAGUUUGACCCAUGUUUCUUUCGUCCUUACCCCGAAAAGGCCCUCCAAGUCUAUCCACCAGACUUUGUGCAAAUGGCUGAUAUAUCCCCGCCUCAAACCCUUACCUCGCUGACCUCCCGCCCUGAAGUUACUUCCAUGAUACAGAUAGAAGAGGAAACAGGGGUUAAAAAUGAGGCUGCAAGGGCUACUUAUAACUCAGCCAAGAAGCUUCUUGGGCCGGAUGAGUGGCAUGACCAUGCCAGAGAAACAUACUCAUUCAUUCAAAGCCAUUUAAAUUGUGCUCGAAUCGGACUAACGGGUUCAUUGGCGUAUUCACAAAACCUACGAGGAUUCCUACCUAACCCACAUGCCAUUUUUAUACUUACCUCGGAUGUUCCGGCAAGCAAUGCCAAGAACUGCCUUACUCUACAUAAAAUGCAAGCUAUCCUAGGCAUCAUGGUCAUCCGGACAACCCAUAGGCCAUUCCGUAGCCACCCCCUUCACCCACUCUUGGUUCGUUCCCAUACAGGGGAAAAGCACGGAAGAAUAAUUCAGGCGUCUUUACAUGGAGAACAUUUCAUCCUGCAAAGUUCCCCACUAUGGAGCUUCGCAGACGAUAACAAAGCACCAGUUGAACUUUCCAUUCGCUAUCAGAUAAGCCAGCUAGUCGAAUUGGCUCGAUGGGAGAAGCCAAAUCCUGCUAUUGAUUCUCUA